UUUUUUUUUGGCACAUGGCUAUGGCAAUGCCAAAUAUUAUUUUUAUUAAAUUACUUAGUGUUUUAUUUAUUAUAACUUAUAGUUGUAAUUAUGUUAAAUGUGCAACUAAAAUAACAAAUGAUAUUCCAGUAACACAAAGUGAAAAAUAUGAUGAUUCAGUUACAAGAAGAAAAACAUUAUCUGAUCAUCAUAAUCGUGCAGCUGAGUCAGUCAUUGAAGAAGUCAAUACAAAACAACUCGAACGUCUUUUGAAUGAAAAAGACUUUGUGGCUGUUUAUUGGUAUGCAAGAAGUUGUACAACAUGUGACAAGGUUUUGGCUGAGCUUGAAAAAAUUGACGAUGAUACAGACACAUUUGGUGUGGAUUUCGUUAAAAUUAAUGACAAACGUUUGGCAAAACAAUAUGGCAUUAGAAAUUUUCCAGCUCUUACAUAUUUUAGAAAUAAAGAGCCAAUUAUAUAUGAUGGUGACUUGAUGGAUGAAGAAAAUGUUCUUGAUUUUUUAACAAGUCUUGAAGCAAUGGACUUACCCGACAGAAUCGAAGAAGUUAAUGCUAAAAUUUUAAAUAAAAUUGUCGAAGAUACAGAUUUUGUUGCUGUACUUUUUUAUGAUCUGGACUGUAAAAAGUGUGCAAAAGCUUUACAAGAGCUUGAAAAUAUUGAUGAUGAAGCUGAUCAACUUGAUAUUGCUUUUGUAAAAAUAUGUGAUGAUAAAUUAGCCGAUGAAUAUAAUCUUGGUAAUUUACCGACUCUUGUUUACUAUCGUCAUGGAAUACCAAUUAUUUACGAACAUGAACUUAGUAAAGAAGAGGAUGUUUUAGAAUGGCUAGUUGCAAAUAAAAGUACUGGUGAUGAAGAAGAUGUUAUUGAAGAUGUUACAGCAAAAACUUUAAACACUUUAAUUGGAAAUAUGGAUAAUCUUGUGGUUUUAUUCUAUGAAACUGAUCAAGAUAUUUCUUCACAAGUACUUUGGGAGUUGGAAAAAAUUGAUGAUGAUUUGGAUAAACAUGGUAUUCAAUUUGUUAAAAUUAAUGAUAAAAAUACUGCUAGAGAAUUUGGAAUUGAUCAAGUACCAGCAAUUGUUUAUUUUGAGCAUCAAAUUCCAAGUGUAUAUGAUGGUGAUGUACAGAAUGAAGAUAAAAUUCUCGAGUGGUUAUUGGGACAAUUGGAAAAAGAUGAAAUUGAAGAUGUUACUGAUGAAAUGUUGAAUCGUUUAGUCAAAGAAGGAAAAACAAUUGCAGUAUUAUUUUAUGAUAACAAUGAUCAUGAAUCUCAGCGAGUAUUACUGGAAUUGGAAAAUAUUGAUGAUGAAUGUGAUCAGCUUGGAAUUGUUUUUGUUAAAAUUGAUAAUACAGAAGAGGCUAAAGAUUAUGGCAUUGAUCAAUUACCAGCUCUUAUUUAUUUUGAAAAAGGUGUACCAACAAUGUAUGAAGGAGAACUUGAAGAUGAAAAACAAGUACUUUCAUGGCUUGAAGAACAACAAUUUAUUGAUCAAAUUGAAGAUGUCACUGAUGAAAUGUUGGAUAUUGUUAUUGAAAAAAUGUCACAUGUUGCUGUUUUAUUCUAUAAUAAAAAACAAAAAAAAAGUAUGAAAGUUCUUCAAGAACUAGAAAAUAUUGACGAUGAAUGUGAUCAUCAUGAAAUUUCAUUUGUAAAAAUUGAUGAUAAAAAUGAAGCUCGUAAAUAUGGAUUAAAUUCAUUGCCAAAGCUUGUAUUAUUUGAAAAAGGAAUUCCAAAUAUUUACGAUGGUGAUUUAAUGAAAGAAGAACAAUUACUUGGAUGGUUAGUGUAUCAAAAAAAACAUCGUGAAAUUCCUGAAAUUACUGACAAAAUGAUGGAGAAACUCAUUGAAGAACUUCCAUAUUUUGCUGUGCUAUUUUAUAAAAAAGAUGAAAAACGAAGUAUAAGAAUUUUAAAUGAGCUAGAAAAUAUUAAUGAUGAUCUUGAGCAUGAAAAAAUUGUCAUUGUUAGAAUUGACAGUGCUGAACAAGCAAAAAUAUUGGGAAUAGAUCAUUUUCCAACUUUGGUUUAUUAUGAAAAUCAAAUUCCAACAAUAUAUGAAGAUGAUUUGAUCAAUGAAGAGAAUGUAUUAGAAUGGCUACUUGAACAAAAAAAUACAGCAACAAUAGAAGAAGUUACUGAUGAGAUUCUUACAAAUAUGAUUCAUAAAUAUGAAUACGUUGUUGUUUAUUUUAGUAAUAAAUGUGAAGAUGGUGAUGAUUGUGACAAAACUUUAAAACAACUUGAAAGUAUUGAUGAUGAGCUAGAUGAAACUGGUAUCAUGUUUGUGACAACUGAAGAUAUAUCAGUUGCUAAAAAAUACAAUGUAAAAACUUUUCCAUCAUUGGUAUUCUUUAGAAAUCAAGAGCCACUAACUUAUGAAGGUGACAUUGAAGAUGAGGAUGAAGUUUUAUUAUGGCUAACUGAUGAACGUACAUUAGAAAUACCAGGAAAAAUUGAAGAAGUUAAUCCUAAAAUGUUGGAAACUAUUCUUGAUGAAAACGAUUAUGUUAUUGUAUUUUUUUAUAUGAAAGAAGAUAAACCAAGUCAAAAAAUAUUACAAGAACUUGAAAAUAUUGAUGAUGAAUGUGAAGAAGAGGAUAUUGAUUUUGUUAAAAUAUCAGAUGUAAAUAUUCGUAAAGAAUAUGAUCUAGCUGACAUUCCAGCACUUGCAUUUUAUCGUCAUCAAUUUAGAAAAAUAUAUGAUGGUGAUAUGAUGCAUGAAGAGGCAAUUUUAGAAUGGAUAUUACAACUUCGUCAUUCAACUCCAGAUGUCAUUGAAAGUGUAGAUCGUAAAACACUUCAAACACUUAUCAACAGUGUUGAACAUCUUGCUGUAUUUUUCUAUGAUGAAAGUGAACUUUGUAAAAUAUGUCCUGAUGUACUUGAAGAGCUAGAAACAAUUGAUGAUGAUGCUAAAAAAUAUGGAAUACAAUUUGUUAAAUCUAAAGAUUCAAAACUUGCUGCUGAAUCAGGAAUAUUUUCAUUUCCAGCACUUGUUUAUUAUGAAACUGGAGUUCCCAUUAUGUAUGAUGAAAAUUUAUUGGAUGAAAAUAAUGUUCUUAAUUGGAUGCUGAAACAGAGAAAUGAUGCAAGCAUUGAUAAAAUUGAUCGAGCUGAAUUGACAACUCUCAUUGAAACGAAAGAAUUUUUAGCAAUUAUUUUUUAUUCAAAUGAUGAUCCAGAAAGUCCACGAAUUUUAAGACACAUUGAACUCAUAGACGAUGAUGCAUCCGAGUAUGGAAUUAAAAUUGUUCGAAUGGAUGAUUAUUUGAUGGCAAAAAAAUAUGGAUUUAGAACUCUACCAGGAAUAACAUAUUUUCGUAAAGGAAAAUUUAUAAAUUACGAUGGUGAUAUGGAUGACGAAGAAGAAAUACUUGACUGGUUAACAAACCCUGAUAAUAUGGAACUGACUGAUCACAUUGAACGAAUUAAUCGAAAAAUGUUUCAUAAAAUUCGUCAAACUUCUGAUUAUGUUGCAGUUUAUUUCUAUAGCAAAGACUGCAAGCAGUGCAGCAGAGUCUUAGUUGAAAUCGAGCACAUUGAUGACGAUGCUGAUAAUCUUGGAAUAAAUUUUGUGAAAAUUGACGAUAAAGAAUUGGCACGUGAAUAUGGUGUUUUUGCACUUCCAGCUAUUUUAUUUUUCAAGAUGGGAUCAAAAGAUCCAGUCAUUUAUGCAGGUGAUUUAUAUGAUGAAAAUCAAAUUUUAACAUGGCUAACAAUGCAAAAGGAUCCAUCAAGUGAUGUAAUUGAAGAUUUAGAAGGUGAAAAUUUACUUCACAUGAUUCGUGAAUCAGAAUCACUUGCUGUUUAUUUUUGGAACAGAACGCUUUGUGACUUGUGCCAGUCAAAAGCGUUCCGCAAGCAGAUGCGUCAUCAGCAAGAGCAGAAGAUUACCGAAAAUGAGGAAGCUAUCAAAGAUGCCAAUGAUUCUGAUGAUUGUGAUCAGUGUGCAACAAUAUUAGAAGAGCUUGAAAAUAUAGAUGAUGAUUGUGAUCGACAUGGAAUAACAUUCAUCAAAACUCAGGAUGCUAAAGUUGCUGAAGAUUAUGGUAUAACUGAUUUUCCAGUAUUGGUUUAUUUUGAAUCACAAACACCAAGUGUUUUUGAAGGUGAAUUAAAUGAAGAAGAAGAAGUAUUACAAUGGCUAAUUACACAAAAAACUGAAGACAGAAUUGAAUCAAUAACGAGAACUAUUUUAGAGGCAUCAGUUGAGGAUACACAAUAUCUAGCAGUUUAUUUCUACAGAAAGAACUGCAAUAUUUGUGAUGAAAUUCUCGAGGGUCUAGAACGAAUUGACGAUGAAUGUGAUGUGUUUGGUAUUCACUUGGUGAAAAUACAAGAUGUACAAUUGGCUAAAAGAUAUUCAAUUAAAACAUUUCCAGCUUUGGUUUAUUUUCGUAAUGGAAAUCCAUUAUUAUUUGAAGGGGAUUUACAAAAUGAAGAUUCAGUAUUGGAAUGGCUUAUUGAUGAUGACAACAGAGAACUAGCUGAUGAAAUUGAAUCAGUCAAUGAAAGAAUGCUCGAACGUCUUUUAGAUGAGUCACCAUUUCUUGCAGUAUUUUUUUUUGAUGAUGAUUGUCAAGAGUGUGAUGAAAUAAUGGAAGCACUUGAAAUGAUUGAUGGUGAAGCAGAUUUAUUUGGUAUUGAUUUUGUUAAAAUAUCAAGUACUGAUGCUGCUAAAAAAUAUGGAAUUGUUAAUACACCUUCAUUGGUUUAUUUUCGUAAAAAAAUUCCAUUAAUUUAUGAUGGUGAUUUAACAAAUGAAGAAAAAAUUCUACAAUGGCUUACAUCACAAGAUGUAUUUGAAAUUAAAAAUGAAAUUGAAGAAGUUAAUAGAAAAAUGUUGGAUAAAUUGUUAAAUGAAAAUGAAUUUCUCAGUGUAUUUUUUUAUGAUCGUGAUGAUGAUGAGAGUACAAUUAUACAUAAAAAAUUAGAAACAAUUGAUGAUGAAACUGAUAAUUUAGACAUUACAUUUGUCAAAAUGGCAGAUCCACGUUAUGCUAGAAAAUGGGGAGUUACUAAAUUACCAGCAAUUGUUUAUUUUCGUCGAAGAUUUCCCAGUAUUUAUCGAGGUGAUUUGCAUAAAGAAGAUGAGGUACUUGAAUGGUUAAAAAAAAAUCGGUUCCGUACACCAGAAUUAAAUGUCUAUAUGUAUUUAGUAUUAUUAAUCACAAUACUGUUCGCAAUGUAUACAGGAUUUCUUCUUUCAUGUUUUCGUUCAGAUCAAAAUCCUGCUCCAGUCACCCAUAUAAAACAAUCUUAAAAAAUAAAUUAAUCAAAAAUUCAUACGUUUUUUAAAACUGUAAUUUUUUUUUUUUUCUUUUCAUCAGUGUGGCAAUAAAAUUUUUAUAAAAAUUAAAUACUA